GACAGGGGGCAGACUGGGGCUAGGCAGCCCCAUCCCCAAAUUUCCCGUUCCUCCUUAUCCAGAUGUCCUGUAGCAUGGCUGUUGAAGAGGACUUUUUUCUGGAAGAAAAAAGAUUCAGGCAGUACUGUGAAGAAUUUAUUAAACAUUCGCAACAAAUAGGAGAUGGCUGGGAGUGGAGAACUACCAAGGAUCUUGCUGAUGGUUAUCUCAGUAAAACACAGUUCCGAAUAACAAACAGAGGCAUCCCACCAGAUCUCAAGGACAAAAACAGUGAUAACAUUGAACAAGCGUUGUUUCUGCAUGUUGAAGAAUCUUUGGAUGAUUCUCAAGUAGCUGGAGUUUGUGCAACAACAGAAGAAGUGGUUCGCUAUGAAUACCAUGUCUUGUACUCCGGCAGCUACCAAGUACCCGUGCUUUAUUUUAGGGCUUGCUUUUUAGAUGGAAGACCUCUAACUCUGGAUGAAAUAUGGAAGAGUGUUCAUGUGUGCUACCAGGCACGUCUGCAGGAGGGGCCCUGGGACACUAUUACACAGCAGGAGCACCCAUUACUUGGGCAACCAUUUUUUGUUCUACACCCCUGUCGGACUAAUGAAUUCAUGUCCUCUGUACUGGCCAGCUCACGGAAACAGAACAGACACACAAAUUACAUUAUAUUGUGGCUGAGUACUGUAGGCCCAGUUGUGGGUCUAAAUCUACCUUUGAGUUAUGCAAAACUAGGACCUGAGCAGAAUGUAAGUGCUGAUUUAAAUGAAAGACCCACGAGUUGAAGGACAGCUGAUGGUUAGCAGUAGUAAAGCUACUGUAGACUUCCCUAGAGAAGAAACCAAACACAGACCAAAGGAAUCCUACCCGAUUGGUAAGCAAUAUGACGUGGAAAAACAACUGUUCAUGGCUCUUUCUUUGUCAAGAGUAUGCCUGGUUACAGUUGAAGACCUAGGAGCUGGAUGCAAUUGUGACAACUCCCAAGCACCAUCAAGACCUGUGAUAGCACUGACCCUUUGAAGUCACUCACUUCCUUCCUCUGUUUUACUGUGACUGCAGCAUUAAUAGCACUGCACACAAAUGCAGAAAGCUAUUACAGAGUUGAAAUGCUGCAUGUGAAUCUUGUAAACUUAUCUACUGACAGUCACAACUCUAGAAAAUCCACACCGUGUGUGAGGACAUGUACAGCAAAGUACUUGCAGGAUGUGGUUUAUGCUUCUAGCACUCAGUGUAUGGGCUGAGGCUGCUUUGCCUUGGGACCACCUUCUCCAUCACAGCCUAACACAUGAACCCUCCUCAUAUUCCACACCACACACAUAGAAUAUCUUAAUCCUACGGCUGAAUAACACCGAGAAGAUGUGUAUGUCAUGCUUCAGGGAGCAAACAGGAUCAGGAUUCUACAAACAGGGUACUUACAGCCUACAUCUGACUAAGCAGGUGUGGUUCUAGAGUUCAAGGUGCCUAAUGCUAUCAUAUGAGAACAUCUGGCUUGUCCCUGCUUCACUGCCUCCGAAGGAAGCUUUGCCAUACCCUGAGGGAGUAACUGUUGUAGUCAAUUAGUAUUUCUGAUUGUACUAGUCAUUGUUUACACGUUUAGUUCCUAUCCUGCAGUCUUUGUGCAAGCCUCCCCUGACAGCUGUUGAAGUUUGAGCAAGUAGGAAUCGCACAGAAGUACAAUCAGCGAGAAACAGAUUAGAUGUAACUUCCAUACAAGCCAUCUUGGACUCCUUCCCAAUCGCAUUUUAUGUAUGGUACAAAACAGACCACAAGUCCUACGCAGUUGAGGUGGAAUUAUGGAUUUUACUGUAUAUGUUCAGCAAUAUGUCACUUACAUACAGAGCCCAAUGUAUGCCACAUCAGAGCUGUAAAUGUAAGAUGCAUUGGAUUUCAAAUUCUAGGUUUUCAGAUAUUUUGAUUGGUUGCAUAUUUUUAACUUGCAUCACAUUUUAUUGGUGGAUUGAAAUAUAGUACACCCUUUGAAAUUACAUUGGUGCACCAUUCUUUUGCCAAUAAUUUGGAAUUAAUAAUGAAAGCACAUAAUUUAUCCCAUUCUGGAUCUUAACAAUCUGAAAAGCCAGUUUUCUAUGAAAGAUCUGUAAAAUCUGGACUUACAUUCCUGUACUUUGACAGCAUCUACAUUGCCUUGCUUAACACUUCUGGCAACAUAUGCUUGAUAGCUAUAUCCACAGCCCAUUUUCAAACUUCAGGAAGAUUUGCCCAGGAGGGAAAACAAGAAGCAGAUAAGAGGAAUUGUGAGAUCCAUUAAAUGUUCAUCCCUGCGCUGCAUCUUCAUUUGCGAAGCAGUGGAACAAAGGGGUGAAAGCACUCAGCUGUUCUCACCUGCCCAGUGUUGCUGGCCAGCUCUGUGCCAGCUUCUGCUGCCUCUGCCCAUCACAGUGACACACUCACCCUGCCCUGGCUAAUCCUUCUGACUUUUGUUUUUGGUAUAAUUUAGAACCAGCCUCAGGCAGCAUUAUUUCAGCCAAGGUCUGAAUUAGCUCCUGCUGUCCUUAGGAUCAGGGAACUGGAAAGAAUAGAUGGAAGUUUUCAUACAAACCAUCAGCACUGAAUGCUGCAUCAGCAUAUCUGAGGAUCGCUUAAUGCUCAUUUUCCCAUAGCAUCACAGAUGUUACCUGGCACUGCACUGAGGGUCAAAUAUACAGAAAAAAUUCCACUUGUAAAUAAUAUGAAAAGUAGAAUGCAAUCCUGGACACGGAGUGGUUUUGAAACAACUUGCAGAUGAAAUGCUACUUUUAAUGUUUUCAUACUCUGGACAAAAACUGUAUCUUGAUAAAAGAAAUGAAAAGAGCCUUGAACAUCCUUGAGUAUCAUUCCCAAUAGCAGUUGUGAGACACUGAGAAGAUUCAACUGCCAAGAUGCCGCUGUGCAGUUUACAAGCAUAGUUUCCCAGGCAUUUCUUAGAGACCAGCUCUUGCUGUUUCUGCCUCAAAAGCAGAAACUGUGGUGCAAUGCUACUGUUUGAAACAGGCUUUGACCAGUCAGGUUUCUUCAUUGUCGUCAGCAAGACUGCUUACUGCAAGUCUGUUAAGUAUUGGUCCUCUACUCAGAACAUCAGCAUCUCUCCCAUCUGUGUGAUACCAUGCACUGGACUUUGUACCUAAACAGAUUAUAAUUACAAAGAGAAAUAUGAAAUGUUUAGGAGAAUAUACCCCUUUUCCACCCCAUCAGCCUUACAUUGCACCUUAAUCUUCCUUUAUUCAAUGAUUGCAACAAAAAUGGAUGUGUAUGUAGAUAAGAAAUAAAUAAACACUUUUCUUUGACAUGAAGGAA